GGCUUUUCCUGUGCUGGAAUGGGCUCAUGGACAUUGAAUCACCUUGACUAUCCGCCAGCUCCACACGAAGGUGGUUGAUGAAGCGGUGACAGUGUCUCUGUACCUUGCAAGCUCUUGACUGACGCGCUUACAGAAGCGCAAAGCCAAAGUCUACAGAGAGACUACUACUGCUGCUUCUUUCCAGGACGAUGAUAUCAUCCACGAGCACGACGUUGCCCAUGGACCGUCAUCUGCUCGCGUCGAUAAUGAGAACACCCGCUGCGAGACACACGCUUCCGUCCUCUUUGAAGACAAUGGUAUUGACAAGGCUGCAUCGAGAGUUUUGCAGCUAACUUCGUCUCAGCACAAUGUGAGCCAAUUAUGCGGAGGAAACAUUGGCUAACAAGAUGUAGCGUCAAGCAAACAAGAAUUCUCAUGUUUCCAAGGCAAGUCUGUUCCAUCUUUGGUGAUAUAAGACUGACCAGUGGCCAGAAGUCAAGCAAAGAUCGAUUUGCCUCCUCAUCUCGCACGUCUGGAAGAAAAUCAAAACUAUCACGUAGAGCACAGGAUGCUGAGCAAGGCAGCGCUACUAUGACCGAGGCCAAGACUGCAGCAUCACAAGCAAAAAGGCGCGCAAGUCUACAAAGAAGGCCAAGAAAGCGGCAGCACGUCUGUAGUGUGUCGUAGAUGGUCUAGUUGCUACCCCCACUGUCGCUACAGCAUCUAUUGAGCUCACCCGUUGGCAGGUGGUAUCCUCUGGU